AUGCCUCUCGGCAAUAAACCCGAAUGUGUCAAGUGUGGGACUCGAGAAACCCCGCUUUGGCAUUCAACCGAAACUGGUAAUCUUUGUAAUGAUUGUCUUGAAGAAGAGAGAAAUUCUGAAGCGACUUCAAACGUAAAAAAUGAAGAUGAAGAUAAAGCAGGAUCGUUAAAACCUACUAGAAGAAGUACAAGGAUUACAAGAUAUUGCAAUUCUAAAUCAGUUCCACACAAGAUUAUACCUAAAGGAAAAGGAAGAAGAAAUUUAUUCAAAAGAACUCCAGUCAAAGCACCAACAGCCACAGCAACUCCAGUUACUAGCAAUUAUGUAUUUUAUAAGGGCACAUAUUUUCAAGUAGGUGACAUAGUUUCUAUGCAAGAUAUUGAUGGAGGAAUUUAUUAUGCUCAAAUUCGUGGUUUACUCACAGAUCAAUACUGUGAAAAAAGUGCAGCUGUUACUUGGCUUUUGCCUACUACAGCAAGUCCACCACCUGAUGAAGGAUUUAGUCCUGAGACAUAUAUUAUAGGACCAGAAGAAGAUCUGCCACGUAAAUUAGAAUGUAUGGAAUUUGUAAUGCAUGCUCCAUCAGAUUAUUAUAAAUUAAAAAAUACACCAUAUCCACCACCACUCACAGAAAGAGGUACUGGAUAUAUAUGGACUACACUUGGAAAUGAAAUUGCUACAUGUAAAAAAUGAACGUUUAUUUUUUAAGUUAUUAUAAAAUUUUUUACGUUAAUAUUUUAGUUUAUUUACCUGGUGUAUAAGGAUAAAACAAAAUAACUACAGUAUAUUUAUAACUGUUCAAAUUUUUAAAAAAUAAAAAUUAUCAUGAAUAUAUAUUAUUGUAAUAUUUAUUACGCUGUUUGAUACAAUAUAACAUUAUCAUUUAAUAUUAUUUUUAAAAAUAAUUAGAUUGAAGUGCUCAGAAAUGAUAGCAUUAAAUACACUGCUUUAGAGAUAAUAAAAAUGCAAUUUCAUUAA